AGUUGCGUGGUGGGUGGGUCACGGCGUCGGUCAGUUAUGGAGCCCUGAGUCACGCUGCUACCUCCCUGCGUCCUGCUGCGGGUGCAGUGGGGUGACAGCUCAUGGCUGCCUUAGUAGGCAGCAAGUGCUGGGUCAUCCCUGUGUCUGGACACAGACUUCCUGGGGUGGCUCAGGUAGUCAGACCCUUCCUCCAGGGCAUCACGGGUGGGGGCUAGGCAGUGUUGUACCCAGCACAAGGCCUGGCUCCUUUGCUGGCCUUUGAGUCCCCUCCCUCCACCCCAGCACCUUCCGUGCUUCCUGGCUUCAUUCUGGGGCACAGCUAAAGGGAACCUUGGACCAGUCCCUGAGCCUCAGGUCCCUUUCCUCCAGCGGGUAUGUCACAUGCUCAGCACAGGCCUGGCCUGUUAUCUUGCUCUGGACCUGCUGACUACUGUUUUGUUGCUGCUCUUUGGACUGAGUCCUCUUCCUUGACGAAGUCUGGCAUGGUGGCAGCUAGCUAUAAGACUGUGUGACCUUGUGUGAACAAAGCCACCCUCGGGGACCCAUGUGCAUCAUCUUCUUUAAGUUUGAUCCUCGCCCUGUUUCCAAAAAUGCAUACAGGCUCAUCCUGGCAGCCAACAGAGAUGAAUUCUACCACAGACCAUCCAAGUUAGCAGACUUCUGGGGAAACAACAAUGAGAUCCUCAGCGGGCUGGACAUGGAGGAAGGCAGGGAAGGAGGCACGUGGCUGGGCAUCAGUACACGCGGGAAGCUGGCGGCCCUCACCAACUACCUGCAGCCACGGCUGGACCGGGAUGCCAGGGGCCGAGGUGAACUUGUGGCCCACUUUCUGACCACAGACGUGGACAGCUUGACCUACCUGAAGAAAGUCUCCGCAGAGGGCCACCUGUACAACGGCUUCAACCUCAUAGCAGCCGACCUAAGCACAGAGAAGGGAGAUGUCAUCUGCUACUAUGGAAACCGGGGGGAGCCGGAGCCUGUCGUCCUGGCACCAGGAACCUACGGGCUGAGCAAUGCGCUGCUGGAGACGCCCUGGAGGAAGCUGUGCUUUGGGAAACAGCUUUUCCUGGAGGCUGUGGAGCGGAGCCAGGCACUCCCUAAGGACGUCCUCAUCGCCCAGCUCCUGGAUGUGCUCAACAACGAGGAGGCGCAGUUGCCCGACCCGGCCAUCGAGGACCAGGGCAGGGAGUAUGUGCAGCCCAUUCUGAACAAAUAUGCAGCUGUGUGCGUGCGUUGCCCAGACUAUGGCACCAGAACCAAUACGAUCAUCCUCGUGGAUGCAGAUGGGCAUGUGACCUUCACAGAGCGCAGCAUGCUGGACAAGGACCCUUCCUGCUGGGAGACCAGCACCCAUGAGUUUAGGCUGCAGAGCUAAGUCCCACCCCUGGGAGUGGCCAGCGGUCUCCUAUAAGGCCCUGCCUUGAGGGAUGGAUGGGAACCUUCCACAGCACAUGCCCUGCCUAUGACUCAGCCAAUAUCCCCCAGGACCAGGGCCCUCUGAUUUGUGUGUGAUCUGCCUGUGUCCCUGUAUCCAACUCGUUGUCCACUCUUAUGCUAGUGGGAGUGACAGAAUCCCACAGCCAGGUCAGGGGUAGGGCCAGGUGUGCUGUGCAUGUGUGAAUGCACCUGGGUCUGCCCCCUGCCCGUGCAUAGAGACACACAUGCAGGCACAUGCUUAAAUACAUGCCUACAGGUGCACAGGCAUGCAUGUACACCCAUAGGGCACAGACACACGCAUAUACAUACACAUGCACAGGCAACAGAUGUGUGCACCCAUGCUGGAACUCACACACAUGUGCGUGUGCCAGACAGGCAGAGGUGUGCCUCACACACCUGCAUGCAAAUCUGGCCAGUGAGUCUUUGCUUUGAUCAAAACAACAGGAGUAGACCUUUGUUUCAAAGUGGCUCCUCCUCUUGUGGGUUCCUGACAACCAGACCUGUUCUUGGAAAGGAGACAAGCCACAUUUUGAAUAAGAAAUGAGGAAGACCUGAGAAAAACCUACUCUCAUAGCAGAAGCAGAGUCUGAUUGGUGGAUCAAGUGGUCCUGUGUGCGCUAGGGGGUCCUGUGUGCAUAGGGCUAGCCUGUGGGGGGUGAUCCUGCAUACACCAUGGGUUCCUCUGUGUGCUGGGCACCUUUGCAGCCUAUCAGGCCUGCCUGCCCACUGGGGGCCAUGGGUUCUGGGCAACCCCAUCUCAGCAAAGGGACACAGCCAGCCCCUGCCCUUCCCUUCUCCCUGGGGAGUCAGACUUCAUAGGAAUCUGUACUUGAAGUGAGAUAUUGAUAAUAAAACUCUGAGGCUGUGGUGA